AGGAGAGCCGAAUCGAUGUUUUAUUCGGAGAGGAGAGACGUCGCUUGUGCGUUUCGUCACGUCUCCGCUCGCCUGAGCGAUCGACGCCACAAAUGAGGCGCGGGCGUGAUACUGAGCCUUGCAUGCAAGAGGAGCGGGGCCCGCAGAUCCGCGGUGAGGUUCUGCCUUCGAGGGGAUCGGUAUGCCACCUUUGGAAGGAUACUAAAUGAAUUGAGAGGACUGUAAAUGAGCCCAGAUUCUUCCGGGGGUGUGACAUUAAACGCAUUGCUCACAGAGCGGACAUAGCAGUGUGCGUUGUCUGAUAUCUGGACAUAGCAAAGCUGCACUAUUGAGUUCAUCGUUGAGGCCUCCAGUGUGUUUGCUCCGAUUCUUCUCUGCUGACGCUGCAAAAUGUCACAACUCCGCCAGUGUGAUGAUUUUUUGCAACUGGAUGCUUGCCCUGCUGUGGCCUUUGUGGCCUAUGAAGAUCACUACAUGAAGACAAUUGGGAUUCAUGGAUGGAUGUUGCUGCAAAUGCCAUUCUACAAUGUGUCUUUUGAAAUCCUGCCUCGCCCCAGUCAUUAUGUGGCUUCUAUUUUCCCAAUUUGUUGUGCUUCGGAGAAGAAUGGCCAUCCACUGAAAUCAAGAGUGCUUUUGGGACUAAAGAGACCAAGACGUCGCCUAACCUCCCUUUCCAUUUGUGCUCUACUAUUAUUAUUCAUUCAGUUCGUAGAGGCACCAACGCAUGGAGAGACAGAGGCGAGUUAGGAUAAGGACAAAGAAUUAGAUCAGGGAAAUCUGGAAAAAAGAACUGCUGAGUCGGCUUUUUCCUGGGUAGCUCCAAGAGUGACAAAUUGUUCCUCACAUUUCAAAUCUGUUGACGGCAGUCCUACCUCUGCAUCAUUUAGGCCCUGAGAAUUUAAAUCAUGAUUUGGGGCUUAAGAUUCCCGUGUUGGCCCUUGUUGCCGCUGGCCCUCGUCAGCCUGCUGUCCAGAGUGAGGGUGCUGGAGUUUGGGGGGGCGCCUGGCCAAUGGGCCCGCUAUGGGCGCUGGGAGGCCGGCUCGGUAGGCGAGUUGAGCUUCAGCCUGAAGACCAACGUCAGCAAAGCUUUAGUACUCUACCUGGACGACGGCGGCAACUGUGACUUCUUGGAGCUGCUGAUCGCUGGCGGGUGCCUCCAGCUGCGCUUCGCCAUCCACUGUGCUGAGCCGGCCGUUUUGCACACAGAGACGCGGGUGAACGAUGACCGCUGGCACAUGGUCUUGCUCACCCGCAACUACCGGGAGACUCUCCUGAUGGUGGACGGCGAGACCAAAGUGGCAGAGGUCAAGUCCAAGCGGAAGGAGAUGGCCGUGGUCAGCGACCUGUUUGCCGGCGGAAUACCGCCCGACGUACGCCUCUCCGCGCUCACCUCCAGCACGGUAAAGUACGAGCCCCCCUUCAUGGGCUUGAUCUCCAACCUGAAGGUGGGAGAGACCCCUCCUACGCUCCUGAACAGCCAGGGCAUCCAGAGCGACCUGGAGUACCUGUGCACCAAACAGAAUCCGUGCUUCAAUGGAGGCUUUUGCUCCAUCCAGUACGGAGAGGUUGAAUGCGACUGCAGCCACACCCGCUUCAAGGGGAAGUACUGCAGGGAAGCUGAGGAGUUCGCCAUCGAAGGUCUGGCGCACCUGACGUUAAACGACCAAGGUGACUCAUCUCAAAGCGGAAAGGAAGAAUCUGUAGCAACCUUCAAGGGCAACGAGUUCUUCUGCUACGACUUGUCGCUGACGCCGAUCCAGAGCAGCACCGACGAGAUCACGCUGUCCUUCCGCACGCUGCAGCGCAACGGCCUCAUGCUGCACACGGGCAAGUCGGCCGACUACGUCAACCUGUCGCUGAAGAGCGGCGCUGUCUGGCUGGUCAUCAACCUUGGCUCCGGGGCCUUCGAGGCCUUGGUGGAGCCCGUAAACGGCAAGUUCAACGACAACGCCUGGCAUGAUGUGCGCGUCACCCGCAACCUGCGCCAGCACGCAGGCAUCGGACACGCUAUGGUAACCAUCUCGGUGGACGGCAUCCUGACCACCACCGGCUACACGCAGGAGGACUACACCAUGCUGGGUUCGGACGACUUCUUCUACAUCGGCGGGAGCCCCAACACUGCCGAUCUGCCGGGCUCGCCCGUCAGCAACAACUUCAUGGGCUGCCUCAAAGAUGUGGUGUACAAGAACAACGACUUCAAGCUGGAGCUCUCCCGCUUGGCCAUCCAGCGGGACCCUAAAAUCACCCUGAACGGCGACCUGGUGUUCCGCUGCGAGGACGUGGCGGCUCUGGACCCGGUCACCUUCGAGAGCCCCGAGUCGUUCAUCUCGUUACCCAAGUGGAACACCAAGAAGACGGGCUCCGUCUCUUUCGACUUCCGCACCACGGAGCCCAGCGGCCUCCUGCUGUUCAGCCACGGCCGCCCUCAGGGUCCCAAGGAGCAGAAGCCCGGGAGGGAGCUCAAGACAGAUUAUUUCGCCUUGGAGCUCCUGGACGGUUAUUUGUACUUGCUGAUCGAUAUGGGCUCAGGCAAAACCAAGCUGAAGGCCAGCAACAAGAAGGUCAACGACGGGGAAUGGUGCCACGUGGACUUCCAGAGAGAAGGAAGGAAGGGGUCCAUCUCGGUCAACAGCCGCAGUAUGCCCUUCAGCUCUCCAGAGGGCAGCGAGAUCCUGGACCUGGACAGCGACAUGUACCUGGGCGGCCUCCCCGAGUCCAAGACGGAGCUCGUCCUGCCGCCCGAGGUGUGGACGGCGCUGCUCAACUACGGCUACGUGGGCUGCGUCCGCGACCUCUUUAUCGACGGCAAGAGCCGCGAUGUUCGCCGCCUGGCCGAGAUCCAGAGCGCGCUGGACGUUAGCAGCUUCUGCACGCGCGAGCUGCAAAAGCGCUGCAGCAGCACCCCCUGCGGCAACGGCGGGCUGUGCAAAGAGGGCUGGAACCGCUACAUAUGCGACUGCACCAGCACGGGAUUCCUGGGCACCAACUGCGAGAUAGAGGCGACGGUGCUGAGCUACGACGGCAGCAUGUACCUGAAGAUCAUCACGCCCGUCACCAUGCACACGGAGGCCGAGGACGUGGCGCUGCGCUUCAUGUCCCAGCGCGCCUACGGCCUGCUCGUGGCCAGCACCUCCAAGGAGUCGGCCGACACGCUGCGGCUGGAGCUGGACGGGGGCCGGGUCAAGCUCACCGUCAACCUCGAUUGUAUCAGGAUAGACUGUAGCCUCAGCAAAGGACCCGAGACGCUGUUUGCGGGCCAGAAGCUGAACGAUAACGAGUGGCACACGGUGAAGGUGGUGCGAAGAGGCAAGAGCCUGCAGCUCUCUGUAGAUAACGUCACAGUGGAAGGCCAGAUGACUGGUGCCCACACACGCCUGGAGUUCCACAACAUCGAGACGGGCAUCAUGACCGAGCGCCGGUUCAUCUCGGUGGUGCCGUCCAACUUCAUCGGCCACCUCCAGGGCCUGUCCUUCAACGGCGUGACCUACCUGGACCAGUGCAAGAACGGCGACAUCUCCUACUGCGAGCUCAACGCCCGCUUCGGGAUGCGCCACAUUAUCGCCGACCCGGUGACGUUCCGAACCAAAGGCAGCUACCUGGCGCUGGCCACGCUGCAAGCGUACGCCUCCAUGCACCUCUUUUUCCAGUUUAAAACCACCACGCCCGACGGCCUGAUGCUCUUCAACUCUGGCGAUGGGAGCGACUUCAUUGUUGUGGAACUGGUCAAAGGGUUCGUCCACUACGUCUUUGACCUUGGCAACGGCCCGUCGCUAAUGAAGGGCAACUCAGACAAGCCGCUCAACGACAACCAGUGGCACAAUGUGGUGGUGUCCCGGGACGCCAACAACGUACAUACCCUCAAGAUCGACUCUCGCACCGUGACUCAGCACUCCAAUGGAGCCCGUAACCUGGACCUCAAAGGAGAGCUGUACAUCGGUGGCGUGAUAAAGAACAUGUACAGUAAUCUGCCCAAGCUGAUUGCGUCCCGGGACGGCUACCAGGGCUGCCUGGCCUCUGUGGACCUGAACGGGAGACUCCCUGACAUGAUUGCAGAUGCCCUCCACAGGGUGGGCCAGGUGGACCGAGGCUGCGAUGGACCAAGUACCACCUGUACGGAGGACUCCUGCUACCAUCAAGGGGUUUGUCUCCAGCAGUGGGAGGGCUUCACCUGUGACUGCACCAUGACGUCCUAUGGAGGCUCAUUUUGCAAUGACCCUGGGACAACAUACAUAUUCGGCAGGGGUGGGGCCCUCAUCACGUACACGUGGCCGCCCAACGACCGGCCGAGCACGCGGGCAGACCGGCUGGCGGUGGGCUUCAGCACGCAGCUGAAGGAGGCCAUCUUGGUCAGGGUGGAAAGCGCCAAGGGACUGGGCGACUACCUGGAGCUGCAUGUAGAGAGGGGAAGGAUCGGCGUGAUCUUCAACGUGGGAACGGACGACAUCGUCAUCGAGGAGAGCGCGGUGAUGGUGAGCGACGGCAAAUACCACGUGUUGCGCUUCACGCGCAGCGGUGGCAACGCCACGCUGCAGGUGGACAACCAGCCUGUCAUUGAGCGCUUCCCCUCAGGGAACUUUGAUAAUGAGCGCCUGGCUAUUGCUAGACAAAGAAUCCCAUACCGCCUCGGUCGGGUAGUUGACGAGUGGCUACUCGACAAAGGUCGCCAGCUGACCAUUUUUAACAGUCAAGCGUUCAUCAAAAUCGGCGGAGGGGAGAAAGGCCGCCAUUUCCAGGGCCAGAUCUCGGGCCUGUACUAUAACGGCCUGCAGGUGCUCAAACUGGCCGCCGAGGGCGACCCCAAUGUGCAGAUGCAGGGAAGCCUGCGGUUGGUGGGCGACGUGCCCUCAGUGCUCGCCACCGACGCCACUUCCACCACGCCGCUGGCUGACAUGUCCACCACCAUCAUGGAGACCACCACCACCAUGGCCACCACCACCACCCGCAAACAGCGCUCGCCCACCAUCAGGGACAGUGUCACGCAGAAUGCGGAUGAAAUUUUGGUAGCGUCAGCAGAGUGUCCGAGCGAUGACGAAGAUUUGGAGGAGUGCGAGCCUGGAAAUGGAGGUGAAAUAGUCUUGCCCAUUAUCACGGUGGACUCGAUAGACCCCCCCGCCAUCGCCACCCGCUACCCAGUAAUCCCUCCACCCCCUACUACUUAUCGUCCCUUCCUCACCUUACUCGAAACCACCAAAGAGUCCCUCCCCUUGCCCAAUAUGCGCCCCCCUUGCCCCACGGACCAGGAGGACUGCGAGGAAAACUCGGAGGUGUCCGCGUACGGCUCAGGCGAGAUGACCGAGUCGGAUGACGAAGACUAUUACAAAAACUCGCCCCUGGUCACCGACCGGACUGUCCUGCCCUCGCCCCCGGCUGGCGAGGGCCAAAACCCCCGCGAUCGCAAUUUCUCACGCCUCCCUUACGACCGCCGCCCACCCGCGUCCUCCGCCCCCACGGCCGACCCCGAUCAGCUCAGCCCUGGCGUCAAGGUGGCGGGCGGCGGCAAUAGCAACAAUUUACCGGCCGGGAAAAUGAACACUCGGGAUCAGGUGCUGCUGCCGCCGGCCCACCCCUCAUCAGACCCCGGCCACCGCAGAGUGUCGGGAAUAACCUACCCUCCCAAUUUCCCCCGCAUUCCCACUCCAGACCCUACGUCCCCCGGGAGAGGUCUUCCGGGCGCCGUGGAGGUGCAGCAGUCGAGCAGCACCACGGGGAUGGUGGUGGGCAUCGUGGCGGCCGCUGCCCUCUGCAUCCUCAUCCUGCUCUACGCCAUGUACAAGUAUCGCAACCGAGACGAGGGCUCCUACCAGGUGGACCAGAGUCGCAACUACAUAAGCAACUCGGCCACGCAGAGCAACGGCACCCUGGUGAAGGAGAAGCCGCCGAGCGCCGCCAAGACGGCCCCAAAGAACAAGAAGAACAAAGACAAGGAGUACUACGUUUGAAGGACGGAGGCAGGUCGUGUUUGAGAGAGAGAGAGAGAGAGAGAGAGAGAGAGAGAGAGGCGAGAAAUGCGAGCCUGGUGGACCUUUGUACAAGCCAACCUAACCUUCUUGAGGGAGACGGCAAAGAGAGAAGGCAAACUUGUAACUUUUGCUCGGAAGUCACUUAUCGAAACUUCCCGUGCCAACGACCGAUUGGGUGAAGUUACUCGUCCAGUACUGUACAGAAGCAGCAUCAGUAUCCACGAUAACAGCGUCCAGUGCCACGUCCUGGCCAUCUCUCUCCUCUCUCUCGCUCGCCCCGCUGGCCUCACGCACUCUGCCUCUUGCCAUGUCUUCGGUGCUCAGUAGCUGGUGCGACCGCGUGUUUCGAGCAUGUAGUAUUCAUCCAGGACAAAGACACAAACUUUCUUUCUUUCUGUGGCGUUCAGAGAAAAAAAAACAACAACGUAGCAAAUUCCGUGCGAUACUGCCACCGAAGGCUCCACACUAACGGAUGGCCAAAUUCCCCUUGGACGUCUGUGUCGUGUUUCUGCCACUUGGAGAUGCGCUCUGAGAAUCUGUCUCUUCAGCGAGCGAUCGCAUCAAAGCAGGGAAAAAAGCUUCGGCCAACCGCUCUAUAGGAUGAUAAAUAUACGGACGGGCAUUAUUGCAGAGACGGAGAGUUGGCCGAGACAGCGUAGCUAUGAAUCUGCUGUCGUCCGAACCAUUUCACCGCCUGAAAUCCGCAGAGGCUGCCGGUCGGGAACUGUGCGGCCUCGCUGAAGGAUUCAGUCCCUCGCUUCGCUCUGAGAAAGGACAGAACGGGAAUCCGUGGCAGCCAGCGAGCCUCGAAUGGCCUCUCCGGAGCCCGACUGGACCGAAGAGCAGCCUUCGCGGUUCUUUGUCGGCUCCCGGGAAGACGGCCGGUAUGAAGUACUCUCGUGUUCUCAUUUUCUCAGCUCGACUAAAAGAAAACUGUACCAUGAUAACAAAAACACACAAAAAAUGCUGAAAAAGUUUGUGCAAUGUCUAAAUAUUUGCCAUCGAAGAGAAACGUGUUCCCUCCUGAUGAUCGUUCCUGUUUCCGAAAAGAAAAAAAAAGUCCACAAUCCUGGGCAGCGAAGAAAAUCUUUUUGUUGUUAUUGGUUUGCCUUUGGUAAAUUUGGGGUAUGUACUUGUUCAUCAUGCUUACUCUAUCGAUUGUUUGUCCUGCAACCUUUUCUUUUCUCUCUGUAUGGCAGAUUGUACGUCCCUUAAUUCGUCCCCUACUGUUUUCUAAUGAUUGCUUUUCUAUCUCUUUGUGUCUGUACGCUUACAGACCUUCGCCAUCAUUCUGCUGCCACCAUUUUUUCUCAAACUCUGCCUCAUCACAUAACACCCAAUAUCCCCAUGUUCUUUCUAAAUGUUAUUGUAAAGUGUGCCAGUGAGAUGACUCUAAAUAUGUGUACAUUAACAGAGGGAAUACACUUGGUUAUAUACUUCUUACUCCAUGUGUGGUGCGUUUUCCAUUCAAUGCGAUAUAUAAAACAGAUGAAGCACAACAGUUUGCUAUAAAGACUGAUUGGAAUCGAGGUGCUCCACUUACAUAUGAGAAAGUGUUGGAUCAAACAUGACUUAAAGGUCAUUGAAGCCAACUUCAUGCAUUCUGCCUGACUUUUCCGUCAAAGUGACAUGACGUUGCAGCGUUACGUCUUUUGAAGCUUUCCCACACGAAAUGUUCAGGGAAAGAAAAACGUUUGCAUCACGUCCUCCGAGCAGCACAAAACACAAUGUAAAGGUCAAAUAAGGCGUACGGAGUCAGACGAGGAAGAAGAGGCGAGGACUCAAAGAAGGGGGAUACAAGGCGGGAAGCCGUAAGCAGAACGGGAACAAAAUGUGGGUGCGAACCAAAGCGUCUUUCUGUCUGCAAGGGUUUCAUACAGAACGUAAAACAACGUUUUUCGAGCAGUACAAAAGAGGACUGAGCAGAGACGGGAGAGGG